CUCUAACUUCUGUGUGCUGCACGUGUUUAAUUUGGCAUUUCGUGAGUUCUAUUUUCUGUGCGUUGCACUCGCACUCAGAUUUAACGACAAUGGGUAAAUUUCGUUCGAAAUUGAAACGCCAUGGCAAAGGCAAGAACUGGAGCAAGGGCCAGUCGGCUGUAUCGAAUCCUGAGCAAAUGAAACAUCGCCUGAAAGCCAAGUCGCGUUUCUUCCAACCAAAUUUGAAUCUAGCGCCAUCUGGCUCCGCCAACGGACUUACCAUGGACGCACUGCACAAACACGAACAGCGUCAAGCGUACAAUGCGGAGACGACGACCGUUAACGAUGUUGCCGGCAGCCUAAUGUCAUUUACGCUAGACGAUGAUGAUGGCAUGUCCGGCACGGGUACUGGCACCGGCACACAGCCUGGCACAUUCAAGACCUUCCAGACCUUUGCCUCUAACUACAGUAGCUGCAGCAAUAUGAGCUUCAAGAAGCUUCUCACUGGCUUUCGCGCCUCAUCCGAUUUGCACAAGGAGAUGCUGGCCAUUUUAAGCGCCCUAACGGAAAUAAUACGCGAACGCGGCGGCACCGAAUCCUCUACCGAAUACUUUCUGCUGCUCAUCAGCCAAAUUGAAGCGGCCAGCGAGGAGCGCGACAUCAUUGCCGGCGUUGCGCUGCUCUCAAUGGGCAUCAAGUCUGUGCCGGCGCCGGUGCUGCGCAAACGCUUUGAUCAGACAGCCGCCACGCUACAACAGCUUCUGAAGCGCUUCAUUGACUCCAGCAGCCAAUCCGUCAUACGAUAUUUGAUUGGGUGCUUGUCGGUGCUGCUGCGCGCUCAGGACUAUGCGACAUGGACGUACAGCUCGACAUUUCAGUACUUUGAUGCGUUGCUCGCCUUCAGCAUUCACUCGAAACCCAAGAUACGAAAGGCGGCACAGCAUGCCGUGGUCUCAAUCAUACAUGGUAGCUGUUUUAUGCUGCCACCAACGCCAGUCGACGGCGCUAAGGAUGAGGAUAUUAAGGACGAAGAGCAAGAGCAGCAGCAGGCGGCGGCGGCUAAGAUCAAGCAUCAUCCGGCAAGCAAUCGUGUAACGAAAUUUUGUCUGGCCCAAUUUAAGCCCGAAGUGCUGGCCAAUGCACAGACAACAGUUUUGCAUACGCUGGCCUUGCUCAAGGAUACGCUGGCCGGCUUUCGCACCGAGGAUAUACGCAGCGUUUGUGAGCAUCUGCUCUCCAUAAUGACUGCUGCCAAUGUGCUGGUGCGCACCAACUGCUUCCAGGCAUUACACGCUCUCUUCCUUACGCGCAGCGUCAAUUUGAAUGCGACGCUGUGCGCCAAGCUGCUUGCUGCCAUACACGAGUAUCGGCCGGAUCGCAGCGAUGUGCGUCAAACGCUUGCCUGGAUCACGGUGCUCAAGGAGGGGCAUCUACAUUUAGCCGCACUGCAAUUGGAUUUGUGUAUGCAAGCGCUGCCGCGCCUCUUUGACAUCUGCACCACCGAUCUGUGGCUGUCGGACCGAGGCGAACUGGUCGUUGGCGUGUCUAAUUGCAUUAAAGAGCUGCUGCAGGAUUGUGUGUCGCGUGCCUGUGCAACAAAGGAGCUGGCCGAUCAAUAUCGUGCAUCUGUAACCAAAAUAAUUGGCGCCCUGCACAAGGUGCUCAAUGCACCCUUUGGCGAGAUCUCCAAAUAUGUUAUACUCAUCUUCUCCAUUGUCUUCGAGGCGUGCGGCAAGCACUUUGGAUCCGAGCUGAUUGCCUCAUUGGCCACCAUUGGCAAACGCUAUGAGAGCCAGGGCGCUUUGCGUUUGCAGAUUGAGCACACGCUGAUCAGCGCAAUUAAGGCGCUUGGGCCCGAGCUGGUGCUGCGUGCGUUGCCAUUGAGCGAUGCCAAGGGGGAGCUAUCCCUGGAGCGUUCGUGGCUGUUGCCAUUAAUGCGCGAGGGCUCCAACGGUGCCAGUUUGCAGUUUUUCAAGGAGCAUGUUGUGCCAUUGGCAUUAAAUAGCCAGUCUCAGUGGCGCAAGUAUUCGUUGGAGGAAAAGAAUCUGUCCAAGGCACACAUCUAUGAGCUUUUAUGCUGUCAGCUGUGGGGUUUGUUUCCUGGUUUCUGUCGACAGCCACGCGAUCCGGAGUAUUUGCGCAAACUGGCGCCCACACUGGGCGAUGCUUUGGAGCACAAUCCAGAAUUUCGUGCGCCCAUCUAUGAUGGUCUAUUGGAGCUGCUGGACGAUAGCCAGAGUCCCGAAUGCCAUGCGGCCAUUGGACAGUAUGCGCGCAAUUUUCUGCCGCGCCUGUUCAACAUCUAUACACAAAAACCCAGCGGCACAUACGAGGCAGAUCUACGGAAACGCGCUCUGGACGUGAUACGUGUGUAUAUCGGUCGUGCGCCCGCCGAGGUUCAAGCGCAACUCUUUGAAAGCGCCCAGAGUCUGCUGGCCGAAAGCGCAGUUGCCAGCUUUGAAUAUGAUGCGUACUUUGACAUCAAUGCGGCCAUUGUUCGUGUCCAAAAGUGUCGCGGCAUUGAGGCCUAUUUCGAGAAAUAUAUGGCGCCCGUGCUGCGCAACGACAAGUCCAAAUUGGUGGCUCGCGACGAACAGAAGAUGAAGAAGCAGCAGCGCAAGACAUAUGAGCUGCUGCGCGAGCUUAUGACCUCAGAGCUGCCCUCAUGCCAGAAAUUUACGCGCAAGAACUGCAUUUCGUUGCAGCAGAUACUUCUGGAGGCAUUCAAUACCACCUGCAGCGUUUGCCAGGCAUCUCGCUUACAUUGCCUCAAAUCGCUGCUGGACUGCCGCAGCAAGCUGACAUACAACGAUCAGUUGGUGAUGAAGGCCAUUCCGGAAGCGGUGCUUAGUUAUAAGGAGUUCUCGACACGCAAGGAGCAGGUGGCCGAACAGCUGAUCAAACAGAUUGCCACUCUGUAUCAGGAGGCUGGCAAGAUUAAUGAGUUUGUGGACAUCCUGACAGCUGGCUUUACCGGCGACGAAUCGUUAACAACAAAUACGAUUCUCGCCUUUCGUGCUGUGCUCCAGCAACAGGGCCAACACCUAACGGUUAGCACAUUGGAGUUUGUGCUACAGCAGGUUUCCGUCUUUCUCGUGCAGAAGUCCCGCCAUCAGGCCGAGGCAGCCGUCGCCUUUCUCAUCACAUUCAUUAAGGUGAUGCCCAUACCGCUGGUUGCCAAUCAUCUGGAGACGAUUAUGCGUUCCCUUUCGGCUAUGACAAAGGAUACGAAGCGCUAUUGUCGCAUACAGAUCGGUUACUUCCUCAAAAAACUGUGCAAACGCUUUAGCACAGAGGAGCUGGCACGCUUUGUGCCUGGUGAUGAUGAGGUUACCCAUCGCCGUCUCAAAAAGAUACGCAAGCAAAUGCGUCGUGAUACACGCAAAAAGCAAAACGAGGAGGCCCAGGUCGAGAGCUCUGAUGAUGAGCUCGUAGGGGAUCUCGAGCAAAAGAGCUAUACCAUCGAUGACAUUUUGGCCGACUCGGACUCAGAUUUGCCGGAGGAUAUGGAAACUGAGGAGGGCGGCACCGCUGCCAAGAAUCGUACGUCCAAAACAAAGUCCAAGUCUAAGCAAGCGCGCAGCACCUACAUACGCGAAGAUGCCGAUGAGAUUGUCGACCUGGCCGAUCUUAAGUCGAUUGGCAAUGUGCUGACAAGUGGCUCUGCAGCUGCUGCUGCUGCCGCGCCCGGCAAACAGUCGAAAUCGAAGCCUCAGGCGGCUAAUGGCGGCUUCAAGACCGCCGAUGAUGGUCGUCUUAUAAUUAGCGACAAGGCGCUGCGUGGUCAGAAAAGUGAUGCCAUUGAAGAUGGCUCCGACAGCGAUGGUUCCUCGGCGGAUAGCGGCCAUGAGCCGGGCAAUGGCAAUCCGAAGCGCGGUAUGGAGGAGGACUCCAGUGAUGAGGAGGAACUGCAGCAGGCAAGCAGUGCCAAGCGCAAGCGUAAGGCCAGCGAUGCAUUAAGCAUGCGCUCGGGCAAGACCAGCGCCAGCACACGCAAGGGUAUACAUCGUACGCUCGGCGCCACAGCCGGACAUGAUGCCAUGUCUGUCAAAUCCGGUGGAGCUGCCAGCAGAGCAGCUGGCAGCGAGUACAGCAGCAAAAAAGCCAAGGGCGACAUGAAACAGCGCGGCAAACUGGACCCCUAUGCGUACAUACCGCUGACACGAAAUACGCUUAACAAACGCAAACGAGCCAUGAACUCGCGCAAGUUCAAGAGCGUCUUGCGUAGCGCUGGUGCAGAUGGUAGCGAAUCAGCAACAGGGAGACCGGCACGUGGCGGCGGCGGUGGCGGGAGCAAGCGUGGACGUGUUGGCAAAAGCUACAAGUAGACGGUAAACAGCUAUGAAAACUGGAUCAUAAAGAUAACAUGAAUAAUUUGUAUAAUUUGCUGUUAUUUUGCUUAACUAUAUAUAUAAAAUUAUAUAUGAAAUGUA